CUCCGAUUUCCUUAGGUAGAAAUUAGGAUACGACAAAAGGAACAUGUGACGCGAGAAGCCACUUUAUUAACAUAUGUUAAUAAAAAUGGGAAUAAAAACAAAAUUAUACACAAACUUUAGAAAAGUUAUAUAUUUAAAUUUAAAUUUCAGUUAUCUCAUUAUAUUCGAUAUACGGUUAGUAAUUUGACGUGGUCACACUCCAGCUGCUGGUGAUGUCAGCCCUGGUCGCUUCAAAUCAGCUGUUUAAUAAUAAUAUUUACACAAUGGAGGACAUUUCAAUGACGAAGGAGACGAACUCAAACAGCAACGAAACGGCAGAUGGGGCCAAUAAGCCGCUGCAGUUGCCUACGCCUGAAUUCUUGCAGCGCAAAAUUUACUUUUUAAUGGAUCAAUUGAAGGAAAUGCAUGCCGAGCUACCAGAAAUCCUGCAGACCCGCAUUUCCUAUGAUUUGCUCACAGAACUCGCAAAUUGUGUGUUGAAUGAAAGCAUCUUUGACAUAGUCAAGGCGCUGAUGGAAUUGCAGCAUGUGACCGAGAAGCAUUUGAUCCAGAUGCGAGCUCAAGUGGAGAAUGAGUAUGAAAUCGAGGUAGCCGAUUGGCGUGAGAAGAUCAAGGAUCCGGAGGAACUGCAGCAUAUACUGGGCCUUAUGAAAAUCAAACAUACAAAAAAACUAGUAGAAACUGACAAGAAAAUCGUUGAAGUGCUCGAUCAGAAGGUUUAUGACCAGCAAUCAAUGUUGCAAAAGGCUGGCGUACCUGGAUUUUACAGCACUCAGAAUCCCAAGGAAAUCAAAAUACAAAUGUUUUUGCUCGAUUUCAUUUUACGGCUGAGUAGACUUAAAUACGAGCCGAGUAAAUAGAAAUAAAUAUCCAAAAUGCUGCCUUUUCCAUAAAGUGGAAUUGAUAUUUUUAAUAGAAAUAGUAUUGAAAAAAAUUACGAAUUGUACAGUAUUGUCUAAGAAUUAAACAUUUACAUGCAAUAAAAUAAAUAAAUAAAGUA